AUGCUUGAAAGGGCGGCUGCAGAUGUCAUGCUGCCUGGUAGGGCUGAAUUGUCAGGUUCCACUUGCUAGCACCUUCGUAAUUAAUGCCAACUAGUGUCGGCGCUAAAUUGCAACAUUCUCCACCGAGCAUCUUGGAACAAAAUUCGAGAACACCCCGCAACGACACCUCGCAAUCGAUAAGUAGCCAGAAUGGGGGACGUUUUACUACAGUUCUUCCGCACAACAUUGCCGGACGAGCUUGCCGCUGUUCUACAUGACGUUCUCAGGGCGACAGAAACUGCCGACCUGCCCACGCUUAGUCAGCUCCUGGAGGUUCAGAUUUUACUUGGACACCAGGACAAUGAUGCCACCAAGGGAGUCAAGAGGGAGAACUUCACAAUCUGGAGCGACUACAUCUUUCAUCGACUUGGCUUGUUGUUCCCAUUCAGGAGUGAAGAGAAGGACACGCCGAUAAAGGAAACCUUGCAGUAUCGUGUACAUCUGCUCUGGGCGGUCGCAGUCGCAUCACUGAAUGCUUUUGUGCAAUCAACCGUCACCGGACCACCGCUAUCGUUCAAGCCGGCUGAACUUCUGUUCACCAAAGAUGUAUCCAGGGAUUCCACUGCCGUUCGCAAGAUUCAGCAAGACCUGAUCGCCUCUUUGAGCUUGGACGGCAUCGCAGCGUACAAGCUGACUCCAAAUAUCGAACUUCUUUGUCUCGCGGAUACCAUCUUGAUCAAUCCGGUGUUUCAGAAGUUCAUUCCGCUGUCGGUGUGGGCGAGAUUGAGGGUUAGCUUCACCUAUCAGAGGCUGCUUAGUGAGCCGGCGCCGAGCUUGCAGACUACCAUCUACGAUGAUCUGAAGGAUGUUGAGAAGCUCGUCAAAGAUGCUGGAGACGACGAAAAGAUUCCGGAUCUGCAUUCAAAUUUCCUGCUCGAGCGCGCGGCGGUACACACGCACCAUGGCCUGGACAAGCAAGCAAAGGCUGACCUGGAACAAGCGACUGCUGAGCGCAAGUUUGAAUUUGCCUUGACUGGUCUGAUGGGAAAGAGGACGAAGUUUCAGCAGAAAGAUACAAGCCAACUUCUUGUACUGGCCAAGAGCGCGGAGAAAGGCUCGAAAACCGCAGCUACGGAGGCGCCAGGACCGAAGGCUCUGGACCUGAAUGACGACACACUCCAUGAGACGAUCCAGUUCACUGAGAAGGUUGCAUCAAUGGAUAUUAAGGAGGGGUCAAAGCUCCCGCCCAGCCUCGCCGAGCUGGAUCCUGCGAGCCAGCCGCUUCUGGAGCCUCUAGAUUCGGUCAUCUUGCUUUCGCUGGCCGAGAGUAUUAAGAACACCAAUCCAGCUGAUGGCAUUACCAGAGAGCAGACAAUGCCCUAUGCUGAGCGCGUGCUUGAGGGCGGUAGCUCGAAUUGGCAGAUCUACACCCAUGCCUUGCUGGUCCGCAGUAGGAUGGAGGGCUACAAAACAAGGACAAUGGAGCGCGGUCUUCUGCAACUCCAAGCGCUUGUCGAUCAGGUCAUUGCCGAGACGUCUGGUAAAGCGACCUCUGACGCAGAGACGGAUGAGAAGGUCACAGCUUUCCUGCCUGGAGCGAAAGAGGGUGAAUCAGCAUCCGUGGAAGAUCGACUACGCUACAUAUUUGCAGUCUGCUCGCCGUCGAGAUGGGAGUUGGAGGCUGAACUUGCUGCGAGAUGGGUGCACAUUGGCGGUCUCAGAUCCGCACUUGACAUAUACGAACGUCUGGAGAUGUGGGCUGAAGCAGCGCUCUGCUACGCAGCAACAGAGAAAGAAGAAAAGGCUCGCAGGAUGAUCCGAAGGCAGCUUUUCCAUGCGACGUCUGGAGACGAUGUAAUCGCAGAUCUUGACUCGGAGACAUGGGAGGGUGCUCCCCGCGAUCCACCCCCUGCGGAGGCCCCUCGAUUCUACUGCAUCCUCGGUGAUCUCGACAGCGACUUGUCCAUGUAUGAGAGGGCCUGGGAAGUCUCCGGUAAGCGCUACGCCCGCGCGCAACGCUCUCUCGGCCAACGUUACAUCGUUCAGCGCGACUACGAAAAGGCCGCGGAAGCGUACCAGCUCGCCAUCAAAUGCAACGCGCUGAACCACCCCGCUUGGUUCGCGCUUGGCUGUGCCUACCUCGAGCUUCAAAAGUUCAAGAACGCCGUGGAAGCAUUCAGCCGCUGCGUACAGCUGGAUGAGCAAGACGCGGAGGCCUGGUCCAAUCUCGCCGCAUCGCUCCUCCACUUACGACCCAAGACGCGAACACCAGAAGAGGAGGCAGUAGAAGGCAAGGUAACGUCACACCCGCGUACAGACGCACUCAAGGCCUUCAAACGCGCCGCAGCACUAAAGCACGACAACUACCGCAUCUGGUCCAACGUCCUGAUGGUCGCCGCAUCCACGAAGCCACCCAGCUACUCAGACAUCGUCUCCGCACAACGCCGCAUCUGCGAGAUGCGCGGCUCCACAGACGGCGAGAAAUGCGUGGACGACGAGAUUCUCGAUCUGCUGAUCAAGCACCUGGUGCAAUCAAAGCCUGACUCAGGCCUUGACCUGAGUGCGCCGGGUCUCCCUCGUCUCGUCAACGAGCUUGUCGAGAAGCACAUCAAGCCGCUCAUCACUUUCAGCCCUAAGCUUUGGGCGGUGCUCGCGACGCUGUACAUGCACAGCGGUCGCCCCACCUCGGCACUCGAAUGCCACGAGAAGGCGUGGCGCGCAGUCAUGUCACAGCCGAAGUGGGAAGAUCAGGAUGAGAAGGUGUGGACUGCGGUUGCGCAGCAGACCAUUGACCUUGUGGACGCGUACGAAACGCUUGGCCCAAGGGAAAGGACUGAAGGCUUGGCUGCCGGAAGCGGAGAGCUGGUUGCGAAGGACUGGAAGUUCAAGGCGAGAAGCGCGAUUAGGAGUGUGAUGGGUAAGGGGAAGGAGGCGUGGGAGGAUAGUAAGGGUUGGGAGUCGUUGACAGAGAGGAUGGAGGAGCUGAAGAGCGCAUAAAGAGAUACCAAAGCAUUUGCAUUUCGAUAUCAUGCACUCAAUCGAUCGCAACAUCCAGAUCAGUGUCAACACGGAGCGGGAGUGGAAGAAGAAAGGCCCCAAGCUGGUUAAGUACGAGCACUGGGGGACAGAGCCGAACUGGGAGAAAAAUGUGAUAAUGGGCAAGAUGACGCAAAGUCGCACUGAAUGUGGACUUGGUGUGUUUCAGGCACUCAUUGUCAAAGCAUACAUU